GUGUACAUGUGUUUAGGUGUUGACAUUGUCGUCUGCAAGUGCACACGUAAGAAAGAUGGACGGAAGGAAGCUGUUACGCCAUUUCUCACAAGCAGAAAAUCUAGACGCUGAAGGAACGUUGAAAAUCCUAGUCUGUGGCGGAGGAAAUGGUGCUCACUGUAUGGCAGCUUUGGCUUCUUCUAGGGAACACGUUGAAGUGCGCGUGCUGACACUGUACAAAGAUGAGGCGGAGAGGUGGACAAAAGCUCUUAACGAAGAAGACAUGACGAUAUCCAUUACAUAUAGUGAUGAGCACACGGAAGACAAGAAGUCGAGACCUUCGCUGGUAACUAAAGAUCCGGCCGAAGCUGCUGCAGGUAUUCACAUGAUAUUUUUCACUGUUCCGGCGUUUGCACAUAAACAAUAUCUAGAUGCGAUUUCAGAGCACGUCCUCGAUAACACGUUACUGAUUGGCAUGCCAGGGCAGGCUGGAUUUGAGUUUCAGGCUGUUGAGGCAUUGAAAGGUAAAGCGAAGAAAUGCGCAAUUGCAUCGUUUGAAUCACUUCCGUGGGCAUGCCGAACGGUAGAGUUCGGACGUCACGUGCAGCUGCUCGGAUUUAAAGAAUCGCUUUGUGCUGCAAUCCUGACCGGAAGCGAGAGCAACCUGACAAAGUCAUCGCUCGAUGUCAUACAGUUCAUUUUUGGAGAUGACCCUCAAUUCGACGUCAUUGAUAACUACGUUGCAAUUAACCUGAUGGCGAAAAGUAUCAUUCAUCCGCCACUUAUGUAUGGUCGGUGGGGAAAAUAUAACGGCGAGAUCCUCGAAGAGAAGCCACUGUUUUACCAAGGUGUUGACGAGACACAAGCCGCUCUCUUGUCAAAGGUCAGCGACGAGGUUGUAAUGACGGCCAAAGUUAUUCAAGACAAACGUAAGAACGACAUGUCUAAAGUUAUCCACAUUCUGGACUGGUACCGAAUUUAUUACUGUCACGAAAUAUCCGACCACAGCUGUUUGAAGAAUGCCAUGCAGACAAACAAGGCGUAUGAUGGACUGCUCCAUCCUAUGAAACCAGUAGAUGAAAGUGGCAAGAGAUUUGUUCCCGACUUCAACUACAGGUACUUAAAAGAAGAUGUGCCGUACGGGUUGGUGGUUAUGAAAGGGAUCGCUGAGAUCGCCGGUGUCGAUACCCCUACCAUUGACACCAUCAUAGAAUGGGCACAGAAACAACUGAACAAGGAGUACAUCGUGGCUAAACAUCUCACUGGUAAAGAUUUGUCCGAGACUCGCGCUCCACAAGUGUACGGAUUUAAAACCCUUGACGAUCUCUUCCAUAUCUAAUUUCGAUGGAUACAUUCUCCAUUCAGACAGAGAUGUGAUAGCGUUUUAUGAAAACAGUUCUUGGCUUUAAAGAAAUGUGUACUUAAAUACUUGAAAAAAGUCCGCUCAUAAGAAGAGGGUUAGCAGGUCUGUCCAAUCGGUUGUUCUUUUCAAUGAAGAAGUCGGUCAUGAAAUUAAAGAAAAUAUACUGUUACAAUCUCUAAUAAUAUGAAUUACCUACUGCAUUCUCUACCUCUAUGUACAGGAUACAUGGCACGGUGUAUGGAACAGGAUGGAUAUCUGAAUAUUUCGAAAAUCAAUGUCUUCAGGGAAUCUCACGAACUGUUGAAGAUGUGAUUUACAUGGGAGGAGACCGGGCUAUUCCAGAUUUAGAAGAUGGCAAAGAAAUGUAGAGUUUUCUUGUCUGUGAUACAAUUCUCUUGGAUCAAAUUGACAAUUUUCAGCAAUAUCAUUGCGAUUUCGAUCAUUUUUGAUGCUGAUACUUUCACUUUUCUUUUUGUCAUUUAUGUAUAUAUUAGGUAAUUGUGGUUUAGAAAUUUAGAUAAGGAAAUUGUGAAAAUUGUGAAUGUUGUAUAUCUAUAAACAAUGGCUAUAUAAAAACACAUUGCAGACAUAUUAUUUUUAUUUAAAUAUUAGAUGUACUGGAUUCAUUUAACUUUACACUAAAUUGAUUUCCAAUGGUCUACACCUUAGGCAUUUAAUGUAUUCUAAUGAAUGGCCACGUGUAGCAUGAUUGUAAUACUGUAUAUAAGUCAGUAUUAGUUAAUGUCAUUAGGUUAAUUAUGUAUUUUACAGAAGCUACACUAUACUUGAUUUAUUCCAUAUCGUCUACGAUUAAUAUCUGUCCCUAACAAAUGAGUUCUGUUACCGGUAGAAUAUAUAUAUAUAUAAAUAUUUAAAAAAUAUAUAUACUUAUUUUAGUUAUAAUAUGUAUAUUGUGCAUUGGAAAAAUAUAUAGAUAUAUAUGUAAAUGAUGUCUUGUUUUAAAAGGAAUGAUUGAAUACUUUAUUUGUUGAAGAAAAUCAUGUUCUACACAAUAAACCCGCCAGGUCUUAUCAAAACGUAGUCUGAGCAGAAUGACCUGUUCUGUUCUCCUUUCACAAUCAAAUUGGUUUUAAACGAGUCGAUAGUCAUACGAGAUAGCAUAUAUAUUAAUCGCUAUAGUCAGGGGAUAGUCACAAAUAUCAGCAUUGAAUGGGCGUCACAUCUUCUAGUGUGUACACCUUACAAAUCACAAAUGGGCAUACCAAAAGAGCGAAUGUAAUUUUUAAUAUGUGUCGGAUAAAGUAUACUGGACGGGUCAAUCUCAUCAGAUUUCAGCAUAUUAAAAUCCUCAAUGCUGUGUAAUUCUGACAAUCAUAGCUUAUUAGUUCACUAAUGGUUAUCUAUAUCGUAAUGCUGUUUUAAGCGUACACCUGCUAUUUUGACGGCAUCAGAUUUAUGUCAUACUUCAGUUAUAUUAAUUAGAAACUUUAGUAUAAAAAACGUUUUGCCCAAUAAUCAGGGCUUAUACAAAAUGUAAGAAAAUUUAGUAUUUUUUUAUUGCUUUUCAUUAAAAUAAUUCUUAACGAA